GGGCAGCACUGCGACCGCGGCGGGAGCGGCGGGAGCCGGGCGGCCGCGUAGUCACUCGGGCGAGAGAGGCAGAGGCGGCGGCGGCGGCGGCCGGGCGAGGGCUGGGACUGGGGCAGCGGCGGCCGCGCAGGGCAUGGAGCUGGCAAGCCCGCGCUGAGGCAGGACGCGCCUGCUAGCAGCGAGCGAGAGGCUCUCGCUGUCCCGCGUGCGGGCUCCCCGGCCGGGGCUGGGCAAACUUUUCUUUCUCUUUUGCCCUUUCCAGAGGCGUCUUCUGCGGCGGGCGGACCGACUCCUCGGCGCGGCGGGGCCGGGGCAAGCUGGACGCAGCAUGAUGCGCGCAGUGUGGGAGGUGCUGGCGGCGCUGGCGGCGGUGGCUUGCCUGGUGGGCGCGGUGCGCGGCGGGCCCGGGCUCAGCAUGUUCGCGGGCCAGGCGGCGCAGCCGGACCCCUGCACGGACGAGAACGGCCACCCGCGCCGCUGCAUCCCUGACUUUGUCAACGCGGCCUUCGGCAAGGACGUGCGCGUGUCCAGCACCUGCGGCCGGCCCCCGGCGCGCUACUGCGUGGUGAGCGAGCGCGGCGAGGAGCGGCUGCGCUCCUGCCACCUCUGCAACUCGUCGGACCCCAAGAAGGCGCACCCACCCGCCUUCCUCACCGAUCUCAACAACCCGCACAACCUGACGUGCUGGCAGUCCGAAAACUACCUGCAGUUUCCGCACAACGUCACGCUCACGCUGUCGCUCGGCAAGAAGUUCGAGGUGACGUACGUGAGCCUGCAGUUCUGCUCGCCACGGCCCGAGUCCAUGGCCAUCUACAAGUCCAUGGACUACGGGCGCACGUGGGUGCCCUUCCAGUUCUACUCCACGCAGUGCCGCAAGAUGUACAACCGGCCGCACCGCGCGCCCAUCACCAAGCAGAACGAGCAGGAGGCCGUGUGCACCGACUCGCACACUGACAUGCGUCCGCUCUCGGGCGGCCUCAUCGCCUUCAGCACGCUGGACGGGCGGCCCUCGGCUCACGACUUCGACAACUCGCCGGUGCUUCAGGACUGGGUCACGGCCACCGAUAUCCGUGUGGCCUUCAGCCGCCUGCACACGUUCGGCGACGAGAACGAGGACGACUCGGAGCUGGCGCGCGACUCGUACUUCUAUGCUGUGUCCGACCUGCAGGUGGGCGGCCGCUGCAAGUGCAAUGGCCACGCGGCCCGCUGCGUGCGCGACCGCGACGACAGCCUAGUGUGCGACUGCAGGCACAACACGGCGGGUCCCGAGUGCGACCGCUGCAAGCCCUUCCACUACGACCGGCCCUGGCAGCGCGCCACCGCCCGCGAGGCCAACGAGUGCGUGGCCUGCAACUGCAACCUGCACGCCCGACGCUGCCGCUUCAACAUGGAGCUCUACAAGCUGUCGGGGCGCAAGAGCGGGGGCGUCUGCCUCAACUGCCGCCACAACACCGCGGGCCGCCACUGCCACUACUGCAAGGAGGGCUACUACCGGGACAUGGGCAAGCCCAUCACCCACCGGAAGGCCUGCAAAGCCUGUGAUUGCCAUCCCGUGGGCGCCGCUGGCAAAACCUGCAACCAAACCACCGGCCAGUGUCCCUGCAAGGACGGCGUGACAGGCAUCACCUGCAACCGCUGCGCCAAAGGCUACCAGCAGAGUCGCUCCCCCAUCGCCCCCUGCAUAAAAAUCCCCGUGGCACCACCGACCACGGCCGCCAGCAGCGUGGAAGAGCCAGAAGACUGUGAUUCCUACUGCAAGGCCUCCAAAGGGAAGCUGAAGAUUAACAUGAAAAAGUACUGCAAGAAGGACUAUGGUCUGCGCUGGUCAUGCUUCUCCUGUGGGACCCAAGGCAAGUCCAGUUGCUUAUUCGAGCCUUGGUUUCCUUGUGUGUUCCAUGGAGGUGAUGCACCUUCUGUGUGUGCACAGGAAACAUCCAGGAAAGGCCCGGUGUCUCCUAGGCUCCCAGGACGGAAUGGCCUCUACUAGUCUGCAGGGAGCUGGGUGGGAAGGGAGGAAGGAAGAAGUGGAGAUGGAAGAAGUGGGGUGAGAAGGAAGGGCCCCCGGAUGAGGCGGACUCAUCAUUCAGAUCCAUCCAUCAUGUGCCCCCACCCUCCUGACCCAAGGAGGCCUGGCAGCCUGGCCCUGGAAGCCCGGCCCCAUGGGGGUCCUAAGUAGGCCAGCUGUUUGAACCAAACAUAAGGAUUUUUUUUUUAAUGAGGACAAUGCUUAGGACCUUUUAGUAGAAUGAAAUAAAUGGUGAGCCCCAAAGGAACCCAAAGGAAUUUUGAGAACUUCCAAAACUUUCUCGUUUUACUGUGUGUGUGCUCAUAUACAUGUACAUACACACGCACACCCCCACUCGCAGUGACCCAGCCACACUCCCCACCGGCAGCCUGGCCUCCCACAGGAGGAAGUCAGAGCAACUGGCAGGUUUUGCGUGUCACUUCAGAAGUGGCCAGGCCAUGUAUACCCCUGUUCAGACCCCUCAGGGGUCCACAGUAGGUUCCUCAAAGCCCCUUUAAAGUGUUAGCAUCCCCAGGUAGUGCAGAAACUUCUGGCUCCCACUGGAAAGCAAACCUUGAUUUUGAAAACAAGCUUUGAGGUGCUUUCAAGAUAAAGGACACGCUGUCAAGAUAACGGACAGCCACAGGAGAGGCCCCAGGUUGUUUUGGAUGAAGUUUGUGUGACCCCAACCUGCAGGGCCACGUCCUCCCAGCCCUGGGCAUCUGAGUUAGCUGGAACUGCGAGGUGGCCUCCUGUGGGGUGAGGACUUGGGCAAGAGGGCCUCCGGAGUCUGUCAUCUUCCCAGGCUGGGGGUCUGGAGACGGAGCCCAGGAUGUCCUCGCAGGCCCAGAGAGCCCCGGGGUCACAGAGACGAGCCCUGUCCCUCUCUCCCUGCCUCUCCUCCUCCCCAUCCCCCGCCCGGAACAGAAACUGGAGAGGAAAGGAAUAGUUGGCCUACAUGGGGAAGGGUUGUUUUAGUUUUAGUCUUGAAGUAUCCUUAAGUAGGCGCUCUGGAGAGGAGCGAGGCAAAGGCGAGAGCUGAGCAAUCUUUCUGUAAGGUGUCGGCCUGCAGCCCUCAUUAUAUUCAAGUGAAAAAAAGGAAAAAUUUGACUCACUUAAAAGUUACCACAACGGAUCCCAUUUUCCACCCCAUUCUAUUUAACUCACCGUGGAAUUCUGCGUUUCCACCCCUGAUAUUCCCGGGGACACUUCGGCCCCCUCAGAGCUCUCCUGGUCUUCUCAUUCACCAUCUGGCAGGUCUCCUUUUCUCUGCUGAAGGGAGCCUGAUGCCCUCUUUUCAUAGACCCAGAGGGGUCCCCAGGCUCUCCUUGAGCUC